CUGGCGGCCGCAAGUCGGGGUCUGGACUCUGAUGCCACCGGCCGGGCGGGUAUGGAGGCGGCGCGCUGCGCACCGGGACCUCGCCCGGACAGUGCUUUUGAAGAUGAGACACUGAGGCUUCGGCAGUUGAAGCUGGACAAUCAGAGGGCGCUGCUGGAGAAGAAGCAGAGAAAGAAGCGCCUUGAGCCCCUUAUGGUCCAACCAAACCCCGAAGCCAGGCUGCGCCGGUUAAAGCCUAGAGGUGGCGAGGAGCACACGCCUUUGGUGGACCCUCAGACGCCUCGCAGCGAUGUCAUCCUACAUGGCAUCGAUGGGCCAGCUGCUUUCCUUAAGCCAGAGGCUCCGGAUUUGGAAAGCAAGCCUCAUGUUCUCUCAGUGGGCUCCCCUGCGCCAGAAGAGGCCACCGACGGAAGUGCAGGUGGGGAAAGCCCUCCAGUGGAGACCGCCUCCAAGCCAGACCUCCAGGAGAUUCUCCAAAAACAUGGCAUCUUGGGUAGUGUGAACUAUGACGAGGAGACCGACAAUGAGGAAGAGGAGGGGGACAGUCUCAGCUCCCCGUCAGCUCAUUCGGAAAAAGAGAGUUCUGUGGCCGGCCAGAAAGCAGCCUCGGAGACGGGAGCUGCUGGUGUCACAGCCCAGCAAAGCGAUGCCCAGCUUGGAGAAGUGGAGAAUUUAGAGGACUUCGCCUACAGCCCUGCCCCGCGGGGUGUCACCGUGAAGUGUCGAGUAACUCGGGAUAAGAAAGGCAUGGACCGCGGCCUCUUCCCCACCUACUAUAUGCACCUGGAGAGGGAGGAGAACCGGAAGAUAUUUCUUCUUGCUGGUAGGAAGCGGAAAAAGAGCAAAACCUCCAACUACCUGAUCUCCACAGACCCGACAGACUUGUCUCGUGAUGGGGAAAGUUACAUCGGCAAACUCAGAUCCAAUCUCAUGGGGACCAAGUUCACAGUGUAUGACCAUGGUGUGAACCCAGUCAAGGCCCAGGGUCUGGUGGAAAAGGCUCACACCCGGCAGGAGCUGGCCGCCAUCUGCUAUGAAACAAACGUACUGGGUUUUAAAGGUCCCAGGAAAAUGUCUGUGAUCAUUCCAGGGAUGAAUAUGAGUCAUGAACGCAUCCCAUUUCGGCCACGAAAUGAGCACGAGAGCUUGCUUUCAAAGUGGCAGAACAAAUCCAUGGAGAACCUGAUUGAACUGCACAACAAGGCCCCAGUUUGGAGUGACGACACCCAGUCCUAUGUCCUCAACUUCCACGGCAGAGUUACUCAGGCAUCAGUGAAGAACUUUCAGAUAGUCCACGGAAAUGACCCCGACUACAUCGUCAUGCAGUUUGGACGCGUGGCUGAUGACGUGUUCACACUAGACUAUAACUACCCACUGUGCGCUCUGCAAGCCUUUGCCAUCGGGCUGUCCAGCUUCGACAGCAAGCUGGCUUGUGAGUGAGAAACGAGAAGUAGGGGACUUCCUCACCGCAGAGCCUUCGGCAGGAGCAGAAAGCGGCUGCCCUUGAUCUGCCCAGCACAGGAGAGCAAGAUUCUGCCCCUCUCGGGGUUGUGUGUGUGUGUGUGUGUGUGUGUGUGCGCGCGCGCGUGUUCAUACAUACAUAUACGUAUACACGUGGAUGCACGCUUGCACACACUCAUUUACACCUUCUCUGAGCUUCAGAGACCACGUCAUAGAUCACAGCUUCAUGUGGGUGAGAGAUGACUUAAAGCACAGGGAGGCAGGUACCUGGGCACACUGGCGACUCCUGACUGCACACAGAUUCUGUGUAGGGUGCAGCUUCCCUGUGCUCAGGCACUUCCAACUCAAUCAGGAUCUAAUAGUUGGGCCUCGUGUUUUGAAGAUCCUUUAGCCUCUAAGACAGGAGCCUGCAGACUUUCUCAGCCAAUGGUCUGAUAGUGUCUCUUUCACUGUCUCCAAUUAGCCUCUUGGUUUUUGUUUAUGUUUUUGUUUUUUUCGAGACAAGGUUUCUCUGUACCUUUGGUGCCUGUCCUGGAACUAGCUCUGUAGACCAGGCUGGCCUCGAACUCACAGAGAUCCUCCUGCCUCUGCCUCCCAAGUGCUGGGAUUAAAGACAUGCGCCGCCACCACCCAGCCCAGUUAGCCUCUUUAGCACAAAAACAGCCAUAACCAGUUGGUGCAUAAAGAGUUUAACUGUGUCCCGAUAAAACUUUCUUUACAAAGUGGGCAUUGACCUAGUUUGGCCUGGGACUCUGGUUUGCUAGCCUGCCUCGGUGCGGCCCUGUACUCUGAGGUUGAAGCAUCUGCUAGAAUGUAAGUAGAGAAGGGGGCAGAGUUUGCUGAUUAGGAGCAGCAGACUGACUAUUUUUGUUUUGUUUUGUCUUUCCCGAAACCGGGUUUCUCUGUAUAACAGCCUUGGACGCCCUGGAACUCACUUUGUAGACCAGGCUGACCUUGAACUCACAGAGAUCCGCCUACCCCUGCCUCCGCCACCCAAGUGCUGGGAUUAAAGGCGUGGGGCACUGCCGCCUAGCAACAGAUUGGCUCUUAGAAGUACUUGUCUACUAUUGGUCCCUUUUACCUCAUGGUGAUGAUGACUAUAGAUAGAGUCAUCUGCCGUCAGGGCUGGGGAAGCUCAAACCAGUGUCGUAUUCUUUUUCUGGGUCAGGUGGCACUAGCUUGUCCCUGGGGUCUGGGAAGGCUCUCAUGUCCCAGCCUCUCUCUUCCCUGUCCUUAGAGCAGGGUGGCAGCAGUAAUCUCAGCAGAGUGACUGGCCAGACCUCUGGAAGUCUUGCUCUCCAGCGUCUUCGUCUAGUGUCGGAGGUGACAGGACUGCCUCACUGACACUCCACAGGCCUUGCCUGGUUGGUUUUGUCCUCUGGCCUUCAAGCCUGGCCCGCCAGUGCAGGCCCAACUCGGCUCACUGAGGCUUCCAGAUCAUGAACACUUCACAGCAAAUCAUGAAAAAUUCUUCCAGGUCGCCAGCCCAGGACGUACUGAGCUUGAGAAUUCCAAAGCUUGGACCCUGCAUUCAGUGGUCGUCAACUCCCAAACUGCUUCCCCGCACGGGUGAAGGGUUGCGGCUGCUGCCCCAUGGUUUUGCCCAUGUGGAGGAGGUCCCUUCGUCCUGAAUCCUGUUGCUCCCUGCUCAGCACCAAGCCUAAAAUCCGGGAGGCGGAGACCUGUGUUCACUGGUGUCCUGUCUGUCCCUUCAGAUCACUGAUUUCUGCCUCAGGCGUGCUUCCCAUAAGUGCCUUGUUCGUAACCGUGCUCUGAAGCCUGACACACCUCCGCCACAACGGUCCCUGACAAGCCACCUUUGUUCCUUUGUCUCCCCCUAAAUGGUGUGGGGGCCGUGAGCCAGUGGUUCUAAUCUUUGUGUCUAGUUUAGAGCACCGUAUUCUCCCAUUUCCCGGACUCUCUGCUUGAAUAUGUAGGUGAUCAGUUUUACAUAAAUCAUAUUUAUACCUUUUGUAUGCCAUAUAA